AUGGAUAUUGGGAAGAAGCAUAACAUUGAUAUGAGCUUGGUUUUUGAUGCGGACCGCGGUGAACUUGACAAGUUACUUGUCAAAACUCUUAAAAGCGCCUCGUCGUCUGUCGCCAAGAACAGGAUGAUAGCAAUCGCUGCUGGUGUUCUUGGAGUUGCCGCCGUGUACUCCCUUUUCAACUUGCCAAUUAGCAAGCCGGUCCACUCUACUACGAAUACAGUCGGCACGACGUCUUCGGGCGCUGCUUAG